AUGGCGAAGGCUGGGGAGGGGGCAAGGGCCGAGUGGAGCCGGGGUCCUGGGGGUCUGGGGCUGGCCACGAGCCCUCAGCUCUGGCCACAGCUCAUGCCUCCCGCCUCUCUCCUCGUGCUCGGCUCUGAGGCAGAGGCUUCUGAAGCAGCCGUCCGCCGCCGCCGCUGGUCCUCUCUCCUCAGCACACAUGUGCAUCUUAAGGCUGAGCGUGGCAGCAGCCAGCAGCUUUAUAGCCUCGGCAUCCGCCAGCAGCUCAGCGCGGGGCGUGGGUUUGUGGAGGAGAGAGUCGGGGCUUUCCCUUGUGGAAAAGGAGCCACAUUUGUGGGCACCUCCCCAGAACUGAUCAUCUGCUUAUUCUCCUUGGAGUUUGGGCCACAGGGGCAGCCACAGCCACCGAAGGGGCACCUUCCCUCGGAACUAGGGACAGUUGGGGGAGGGACAGGAGUGGGGAAAGGAAGACGGCUUGCUCUGGUCACUGAUCAGGACAUCCGGAACACGGUGGGGAAUGUCCCUCUGGAAUGGUAUGAGGAUUUUCCCCACAUUGGCUAUGACCUCGAUGGGAAAAAGAUCUAUAAACCCUUGCGUAGCCGAGAUGAACUUGAUCACUUCUUGGAUAAGAUGGAUGACCCUGACUACUGGAGGACAGUACAGGACAAGAUGACAGGACAGGAUGUGAAGUUGACAGACGAACAGGUGGCCCUGGUCCAGCGGCUACAGAAGGGCCAGUUUGGGGAUGCCAGUUAUGAUCCCUAUGAGCCAGCUAUCGAUUUCUUUAGUGGGAGCCUGAUGAUUCACCCAGUGACCAACCGUCCUGCUGACAAGCGCAGCUUCAUUCCCUCCCUCAUUGAGAAGGAGAAGGUCUCCCGGCUGGUCCAUGCCAUCAAGAUGGGGUGGAUCCAGCCACGACGGCCGAAGGACCUCACCCCCCAUUACUAUGACCUGUGGGCCCAGGAGGACCCCAAUGCCAUCUUGGGGCGCCACAAGAUGCACGUACCUGCCCCGAAACUUGCUCUGCCGGGCCAUGCUGAGUCCUACAACCCUCCGCCUGAGUAUCUCCUCAGUGAGGAGGAGCGACUGGCCUGGGAGCAGCAGGAGCCCGGAGAGAGGAAGUUGGACUUCUUGCCUCAGCAGUUUCGGUGCCUCAGGGCCGUGCCCGCCUACGGCCGCUUCAUCCAGGAGCGCUUUGAGCGCUGCCUGGACCUUUACCUGUGCCCUCGCCAGCGCAAGAUGAGGGUGAAUGUGGAUCCUGAAGACCUGAUUCCCAAACUGCCCAAACCCCGGGACCUGCAGCCCUUUCCCACUACCCAAUCUCUGGUGUACAAGGGCCACAGUGACUUGGUCCGAUGCCUUAGUGUUUCUCCCAGUGGCCAUUGGCUAGCUUCAGGCUCAGACGAUCAUUCGGUCCGACUGUGGGAGGUGAACACCGGUCGGUGCCUGAAGACAGUUCCUGUGUCUGGAGUGGUAAAGAGCAUAGCCUGGAAUCCCAACCCUGCCAUCUCUCUUGUAGCCGUGGCUGUCGGGGAGUCCGUGCUGCUGCUGAAUCCAGGCCUAGGGGACCUGGCGGCCACCGGCGGCACAGACCAGCUGCUGAGUGCGUUUUCACCCCCAGAAGAGCCCGCCGGGCAGCCUGUGGAGUGGCAGGAGGCUUCAGCUGAAGAGCGUGACCAUGGCCUGAGGCUGCGGAUUCACCAUAAGAAGCCAGUGAAGCAGGUGGCCUGGCAUGGCCGCGGGGACUACCUGGCCUCGGUGGUGGCAGCUGCCGAGCACACACAGGUGCUGAUGCACCAGGUGAGCCGUCGGCGCAGCCAGAGCCCCUUCCGGCGGAGCCACGGUCAGGUGCAGUGUGUGGCCUUCCACCCCUCACGGCCCUUCCUGUUCGUGGCCUCCCAGCGCAGCCUCCGUCUCUACCACCUGCUUCGCCAGGAGCUCACAAAGAAGCUGAUGCCUAAUUGCAAAUGGGUGUCGAGCUUGGCCAUACACCCCCAAGGGGACAACGUGAUCUGUGGCAGCUACGACAGCAAACUCAUCUGGUUUGACCUUGACCUUUCAACUAAACCCUACAAGGUGCUGAGACACCACAAGAAGGCCCUCCGGGCUGUCGCUUUCCAUCCAAGGUACCCGCUCUUUGCCUCUGGAUCUGAUGAUGGCAGCGUCAUUGUCUGCCAUGGCAUGGUCUACAAUGACCUUCUGCAGAACCCGCUGUUGGUGCCAGUGAAAGUUCUCAAAGGCCACACGAUGCAUCGGGAUCUUGGGGUGCUGGACGUGAGCUUCCACCCCACCCAGCCGUGGCUGUUCUCCUCUGGGGCAGAUGGCACCCUUCGACUCUUCACCUAGGGGUGGCGGGGUCGGGUGGGGAGGCGAAGGGACAUUUCUGGCUGUUGGCCUUGUCUCUGCCUAGGAGAGGAAGAUUGACAAGGAGAAUAAAGCAUAAUCAACUA